AUGGAGGGGGCUGGGUCGCAGCAGGGCUGGGCGAGGUGCUACCAGGGCCAUCAACUUGAGACGAGAGGUGCAGAGGGCGAAAAGGUGGAUCGCAAAAAGGCCGGGGGAGGAGCGACAAGUGACCAUGCAUGGAUCUGCGUGGGCGGACAUGGCAUGGUGCUGGCCUGGUCUUGGUGCUUGGACGUCGUGAGUCUGGUCAUGGGCAGCAUCUUGUUGAUUGUCUCAAUAAUCAGAAGCUUGGACGACUCACGCGAGAAGAAAGCUGACGUCGAGAGUUCGUCUGAGACGAGGCCGAGACAAGACGCUGAGCCAAUGGAGGAUAGCAGCAACGGGGCAAGCUUUGGGCCUCUGCAAAGAAGAGCUACUGGUACUGUAGCGGGAUGGGAGCACCAGAGGGGAGUCUUGCAGGAGGGUAGCUGCAGGCAAUACUCCGUACUCGCGCGAUCGGUACCUUUUUUCUCACGACGCUGGAUGGUGCACUGCAGGAGCGUGUGCGACUGUGACUCGGGACGGGGAUCGUCCGGCAUUGGGAAGAGCCCUGCAUACCCACCGUGUGCGUGGAGAAACCUUGGCGGGCUGAGGGGAUGUCACCCUGGGCCGCGUCCGUCCGCGGGAGGAAGUGACGCUAAAGGGAAAGCCGGACGGGGAAGGCGCGGGCAGGGCAGCGGGAGCCGGGGCGCGGCGCAGCGAAUUUGGUCCGGCGCGGCCAAUGAAACGGAGGGAGCCCGCUAUCGGGCGCAAAUUCCUCGCAAUCAUGCCAUGACGUUGGCUACGCGCCCGAAAAUGGCGACGGGGUACGACUGUGACUGGGCGGAUGGCGCGCAUUUUUGGGAAGGGUGCAUCUGCGCAGCAACUUGCACUUGUGCAGAGCGCUGCAGCGGGCAAGAGAAAGGAGAGGCGAGAUGCAAGAUGGCGGAAAUCAUGGGACCAGGCGAAGGAAGAAGAAGCAUUGGGUGCGGAGCGGCGUGGAGCGUGCAGCUGGAAAACAGCACUUGA